AUGAUUAAUCUUGAAGAUGAGCUUGAACAAAAGGUCACCACUGAAUUGCCCACAGGGAUGUUUUCUGAAGACAUGCUUAUACUACAACAUUGGUAUUUAGAUACAUUAGUCAAGAAUGCUUCAGUAUUUCUUGAACCAGCAAUUGUAGCAGGAUUAAAUAGGCAAUUGAAUGUAUCAGAACAUAUUGCACAAGUGGAUUUUUCACCUUUAGAAAAUAUUCGUGAAAAGCAUGUUUUUAGUAAACCAGUUCAACAUGAAAUGAUAUGUAGACAUCAAUGGGAAAGAGAAUUUGGCAUGAUAAAAAAGACACUUAACCUGGCAAUUAUAACAAAUAGAACUGGAGAGCUUUAUAAAAUUCAUGAAAAUUUUACAAAAGAAAUAGAGUUUGAACUUGUAAAAGAGAAUGAUCAUACUAAGCAUAAUAAUCUUGAGAAGUUUGCCUAUACUAUAA